UUUUGACUCCCUCGAGAGACCUGCUGACCAGUGAGGCACAGUGACAUAGUGGGAACAAGAACACCCAGAAGGUAGUAAGGAGAAACAGAAACAUUUGGCUGCAUACUUUCCGUGGAUCUGGAUUUCCCGAAGUCAUCACACUUAAAGCAGAAGGGAAAUGGCUGAGUUGAUGUACAUUUCUGGAUUUGGGAAUGAAUGUGCUUCAGAGGACCCACGCUGUCCAGGUUCCCUGCCCAAGGGCCAGAAUAAUCCUCAAGUCUGCCCCUAUAAUCUAUAUGCUGAACAGCUCUCAGGAUCAGCUUUCACUUGUCCACGGAGCACCAAUAAGAGAAGCUGGCUGUACAGGAUUCUACCUUCAGUUUCUCACAAGCCCUUUGAAUCCAUUGACCAAGGUCAUGUCACUCACAACUGGGAUGAAGUUGGCCCUGAUCCUAACCAGUCCUGUAUUCACAUACCGGGAGAGACAUGGCUCAGAAUUCCACAGUGCCUCCGUGAACAUCAGCUCCAACGAGCUUAGAUGGAAACCGUUUGAGAUUCCAAAAUCCUCUCAGAAGAAAGUGGACUUUGUGAGCGGCCUGCACACCUUGUGUGGAGCUGGAGACAUCAGGUCUAACAAUGGGCUUGCCAUCCAUAUUUUCCUGUGCAACACUUCCAUGGAGAACAGAUGCUUUUAUAAUUCAGAUGGAGACUUCUUGAUUGUUCCCCAGAAAGGGAAGCUUCUCAUUUACACUGAGUUUGGCAAGAUGCUUGUGCAGCCCAAUGAGAUCUGCGUCAUUCAGAGAGGAAUGAGGUUCAGCAUAGAUGUCUUCGAGGAGACCAGGGGCUACAUCCUGGAAGUCUAUGGUGUCCACUUCGAGUUACCUGACCUGGGACCCAUUGGAGCCAAUGGCUUGGCCAAUCCUCGUGACUUCUUGAUACCUGUUGCCUGGUACGAAGAUCGUCAAGUACCAGGUGGUUACACUGUGAUUAAUAAGUACCAGGGCAAGCUGUUUGCUGCCAAACAGCAUGUCUCCCCAUUCAAUGUCGUGGCCUGGCACGGAAACUAUACACCCUACAAGUACAACCUGGAGAACUUCAUGGUCAUCAACUCAGUGGCCUUUGACCAUGCAGACCCGUCCAUUUUCACAGUGUUGACUGCCAAGUCUGUCCGCCCUGGAGUGGCCAUUGCCGAUUUUGUCAUCUUCCCACCUCGAUGGGGGGUUGCUGAUAAGACUUUCAGGCCUCCUUAUUACCACAGAAACUGCAUGAGUGAAUUCAUGGGACUCAUCAAAGGUCACUAUGAGGCAAAACAAGGUGGAUUCCUGCCAGGGGGAGGCAGCUUGCACAGUGCCAUGACCCCCCAUGGCCCUGAUGCAGAUUGCUUUGAAAAGGCCAGCAAGGUCAAGCUGGCUCCUGAGAGGAUUGCUGAUGGCACCAUGGCAUUUAUGUUUGAAUCUUCCCUAAAUUUGGCUGUCACCAAAUGGGGACUCAAGACCUCAAAUUGUUUGGAUGAGAACUACUAUAAAUGCUGGGAGCCUCUCAAGAGCCACUUCACCCCCAAUUCCAGGAAACCAGCAGGAUUAAACUGAACCUGGAGCAUUGUUACCAUACAAGAGAAUAGAUUUGUGCCAUUUCCUGAGAAUCUCAUGCCUUCUGGUAGUAACAGGGGAAAGGGUUGGUUAGAAUGAGAACUCAUUUUUCACAAAUAAAUCUGAACAUUUGUGGAAAUCUAUUUGGAAAGUUCUAUGGCUGUCAGCUUACUUACUCAAUAAAAUUUGCUUGUAUUCUGUCAAAA